AUGAAUUGCAAAUCAUUAACAACAAUUAAUAUACCAACAAUAAUUAAAGAAAUAGGAAGUUAUUGUUUUCUUAAUUGUAAAAGAUUAAAGUCAGUUACUAUACCAACUACAGUUAGUAAAAUUGUAGAUAGUUAUUUUAAAUACUGUUCAUCAUUAACAUCAUUAAAUAUAGAAAGUACUAAGUUUAUAACAACAAAAAAUUUUAUUUUUUUUAUGAACUUGUUAAAUAAAAGAUAUAAUAGAUUUAUUAUACGAAUAUCAAUUAUUGAAUUAGGAGUUUGUUGUUUUUCUUGUUGUAAAUCAUUGAGUAGUGUUACUAUUCCAACAUCAAUUACUAAAAUAUGUAAAUAG